AAGGCUUCGUCGUAUUCAACGCUCACGAUGCGAAGCUAUUUCCUAGCUUCGACAACUACAGGGUGACGAUGAUGGCACUCGCUCUCUAUAGUUCUUUCUUUGGAAUCGUUGGUAUUGUGUUCCUGCACUAUCUGACCUCUUUCAGAGAUUCAGCAAUUGGUCUUAUAGGAUUCCUUUGUAUUUAUAUCUCGCAGUUUGUAUCCGCAUUUGCAACUGACAGUAUCACCCUAAUCGUAGCUGUGAGCUUGGCACCUUUCAAAUCGUUUGCUGCCGUUGCUGUUCGGUCUAUCAUCUCAAAGAUUGCGACUAAAAGUGAAAGAGGAAAAUUGUUCUUCUUUUUGGCCUUAGGGGAGCUUUUAGCAAUUGUUAUCGGAUAUACGCUGAAUGUGAAAUUUCACUUUUUUAUGGAUUCUUUGGAUCCCAAAUUUUCAAAACUAAUUCUGAUUACUUUUUUAAUGAUAUCGUUUUCUUCUUUUAUGUUCCAAAUGAUAUCUGUACACACUGAGCAUCUUUUCAGUAGAUGCUACAGAAACAUUCAGAUUCCACCAGAAGUCCGAUUUGCAGAAUUGUAUGAAGACUUAGACCAAGAAAAUAAUUAACUGUAUAAAUAUCUAUUAAUGAAUUGUGAAAAGCUCAUAGCUUUUAAAGUGGGUAAACCUUUUAGUUAAUAAAAUCAUUAAAAAUCUUUUAAAGUUUAUUACUUUUUUUUAUUUAUUUAAAAUUUUAAAUGUAGA